UCUGGGGUCAUGCGGCCCGGAGCCUGCGGGGCUCUGUCUGAGCCCGGGAUGCAUUUGGCUUCUGUCUGCUAGUUACUAUGACCUGCCCCGCUGCUCAGGGUCCCCAGUCCCGGUCCCACGGCGCUCCCGCAUGGGCCCGGCUUUGGCGCCCUGUGCAGGGUGGCUGAAGAGCUUCAGCAGGGUGCUUGUGUGGGGUCAGUCACUAACUUGAUCUGAAUUAGACUCGCCAUGGCUGCGCCCGAGUGCGAAGGCAAGGGCAUAAUGAAGCUUCAGGUGGGAGAGCCGAAGGAGGGAACAGCAGCCUCCGCUGCCUUGGAAGAGGGCAAGCAUGAGACCCGUAGGUCCAAAAGUUUGCCAAUUCUGAACUCCGCUGGCGGGCGGGACCCCAGCCCCCGGAGGGCAGAUAAAAGGUUUAGCUCCUUUAGGAGGCCCAAAUCGGGUUUUUAUGGUUUCUCAGGGGGCACUGAGGUGAGGCGAUGCAUAGACCCGGUUCAGGUUCAGCUGGGGCCCAGCUGCUCAGCCUCUUCCCGGACUGUGUUUUCCUGCACUCCUUCCAUUUCUUCAGGGAUGGUUGGGACCUUAGACUGCAACCACGUGGUCGCCAUCGGCAAAAGCCUGUCCGUUUCCUCCACCCAAGGCCUGUCGGUUUCCUCCACCCUGGCAACCCUACAAGGCAGAAGAUGCCUCCACGUGGUUUUGACGGAUUCCCGUUGCUUUUUGGUUUGCAUGUGCUUUCUGACCUUUAUCCAGUCAUUGAUGGUCUCAGGAUACCUCAGCAGUGUCAUCACCACCAUCGAGAGGCGCUAUAGCUUGAAAAGCUCGGAAUCUGGGCUGCUGGUCAGCUGUUUUGACAUUGGGAGCCUGGUUGUGGUUGUUUUCAUCAGUUACUUUGGAGGCCGGGGCAGGCGGCCUCUGUGGCUGGCAGUGGGUGGACUCUUCAUUGCACUGGGGGCUGCCCUGUUUUCUUUACCUCAUUUCAUCUCUCCACCGUACCAGAUUCAAGAGCUGAACUCUUCAGUUUCCAAAGAGGGUUUGUGUCUGAAUGGCAACAGCAGUGCCAGGGACCUUUUGGAGUCAUCUCUCUGUUGGAAGGACUCUGGCGGUAAUGAUCACUCGCUCUAUGUAGCUUUAUUCAUUGGUGCACAGGUUCUCAUUGGUAUGGGCUCCACUCCUAUUUAUACCUUGGGACCAACCUACUUAGAUGACAAUGUCAAGAAAGAAAAUGCAUCAUUGUACCUAGCCAUCAUGUAUGUCAUGGGAGCACUUGGUCCUGCAGCAGGAUAUUUAUUAGGUGGAGUUCUUAUUGGUUUUUAUGUUGAUCCCAGAAUGCCCGUUCAUCUUGACCAGAAUGACCCUCGUUUCAUUGGAAACUGGUGGAGUGGAUUCCUCCUUUGUGCCAUUGCAAUGCUUCUCGUGAUAUUCCCAAUGUUUACUUUCCCAAAGAAGCUUCCACCUCGACGUAAGAAAAAGAAAAAGUCCUCUGAUGAUGCUUCCAAUGAGGAAGAUGAGAUUAUGAAGGAGAAAUCAAACAGCAGAGAGCAAGAAGGAGUUGGCUCUUCUAUGGCAUUUGGAAAGAAUGUAAAAGACCUACCAAGAGCAGCUGUCAGGAUCUUAAGCAACAUGACAUUCCUUUUUGUGAGUUUGUCAUACACAGCUGAGAGUGCCAUUGUCACCGCCUUUAUCACCUUCAUUCCCAAGUUCAUCGAAUCACAGUUUGGCAUCCCAGCUUCCAGUGCCAGCAUCUACACUGGUGUGAUUAUUGUGCCCAGUGCUGGUGUUGGUAUCGUCUUAGGAGGUUACAUUAUAAAAAAGUUGAAACUUGGUGCCAGAGAAUCUGCAAAACUAGCAAUGAUCUGCAGUGGUGUGUCUUUACUGUGUUUUUCAACACUCUUCAUUGUUGGAUGUGAAAGUAUUAACCUGGGUGGCAUAAAUAUUCCGUACACAACAGGGCCUUCUCUCACCAUGGCCCACAGGAAUCUGACAGGAAGUUGCAACGUUAACUGUGGUUGUAAAAUCCAUGAGUAUGAGCCAGUCUGUGGAUCAGAUGGAAUUACAUACUUUAACCCUUGUCUGGCUGGCUGUGCCAAUAGUGGUAAUCAUAGUAUGGGGGUACGUAAUUACACAGAAUGUGCCUGUGUUCAGAGUCGACAGGUCAUCACUGCACCGACGGUGGGACAGCGGAGUCAGCUCCGGAUGGUCAUCGUCAAAACCUAUCUCAACGAGAAUGGCUACGCCGUGUCUGGGAAGUGCAAUCGGACCUGUAAUACCCUUAUUCCAUUCCUUGUUUUUCUUUUCAUUGUUACUCUCAUAACAGCAUGUGCUCAGCCAUCAGCCAUCAUAGUCACACUCAGGUCUGUGGAAGAUGGCGAGAGACCUUUUGCACUAGGAAUGCAGUUUGUUUUAUUACGAACACUUGCAUACAUUCCUACUCCAAUUUAUUUUGGAGCAGUUAUUGACACCACCUGCAUGCUUUGGCAACAGGACUGUGGCGUGCAAGGCUCUUGUUGGGAAUAUGAUGUGACAUCAUUUCGUUUUGUCUAUUUCGGUUUGGCGGCUGGCCUCAAAUUUGUUGGAUUUAUUUUUAUUUUCCUGGCCUGGUACUCUAUAAAAUACAAAGAGAAACAGCUGCAGAGGCAAAGGUGGAGGGCAUCCCCUCUGAACACUGUUAGCGAGAUGGUUUGCCACACAGAUCCCUGUGAAAAUUAUUCUCGCACUAUAUCAUGUCCAACUUUCAACAACAGAGGGGAGCUCCAGGAAGAAAGGGGUCUUAGAAGAGGAAUCUGUUACACAGCACAGACAUACCCUGGGCCCUUUCCAGAAGCAAUAACUUCCUCAGCAGACCCUGAGUUGGAAGAAGCCACUGCUGCCAUGUAGCCCCCUUCCCUGAAGGUUCAUAAUGGAAGACUUAGGUUUUGUUGGUUGGAUUGAAAAUGGCGCCUUGUGAAACACCCGUGCCUUCUUCUUUUCUUUCUUUUUUAAACUCUAAAUUCAUAAUCUAUGAACCAACAAAACUCAAUGCAAACAGCCAUUACUGAUUGCGAGCUGGAUACCUCAAUGUGACUUAAGAGUCUUCUUUAUCCCCGUCUCCUAAAAAUGGAAUUUAAAGAUAGGUUGUAACUUCGGCUAUAUUAAUUUAAUGUUCAUGCUCCAAUCUAGUAUAAGUCAAAGGCUGAGAUAUUCUAAAUCGUGAAGUAGAAUUAUGAGAAGAAUAAUAGAGAUGCAUAUCAUUAAUAUAGACUUCAAACAA